GGAAGAGCUGAAAUCUGCAAAGACUGAGUUUAUUAAAGAGGACAGUGAGAACAUGAGUGAUCCAGAACCCUGCAGAAUGAAACACACUGAAGAUCCUGAAGAACAAAGAGAUUAUUUAGACCGGAUGGAAGAGAGUGAUGAGAGUGAAGAACUGAGUGAAGUGGAGGAGGAACAUCAUGUCAAACCUGGAGAAAAACCUUUGAGUCGCUCAAAGACUAAACAGACAUUUUUAAAGAAAAGAGAUAAGAAAUCUACAACCUGCAAUCAGUGUGGGAAGAGUUUCACACGCAAACAAAGUCUUGAGCAUCACAUGAGAGUUCACACUGGAGAGAAGCCGUUCACAUGUGAUCAAUGCGGGAGUAGUUUCGCAGCCAAACCUAGUCUUGAGGUUCACAUGAGGAUUCACACCGGAGAGAAGCCGUUCACAUGCCAACAAUGUGGGAAGAGUUUUAGUCAAUUAGCACACCUUAAUGGUCACAUGAGGAUCCACACCGGAGAGAAGCCGUUCACUUGUGAUCAGUGUGGGAAAGCAUUUAUCAGGGCAUCAGACCUGAAGACACACCUGAGAAUUCAUACGAAGGAGAAGCCGUAUUCAUGUUCUGUGUGUGGAAAGAGUUUUUCAAAGCUGUGUAAUUUACAUGCACAUCAGAAAAUGCAUACUGGUGUGAGAGAGUACAUGUGCUUUGAGUGUGAGAAGACUUUUACUGCAGCAAAGGACUUAAAACGGCACCAGAGAAUUCACACUGGAGAAAAACCUUACAAGUGUUCACACUGUGACAAGAGAUUCAGUGUGUUAUCAUCUCUGAAAAUACAUGAGAGGAUCCACAAUGGAGAAAAACCUUACAUGUGUUCACACUGUGACAAGAGAUUCAGUGACUCAUCAACUCUGAAAAGACAUGAGAGGAUCCACACUGGAGAGAAGCCGCACACGUGUGAUCAGUGCGGAAAGAGUUUUUCUAUUAAAAAUAACCUGAAGCGACACAUGAAGAUCCAUACAGUGGAGAAACCACAUCACCACAGUCUGAGAUCACGACCUGAUGGAGGUGAACAAGAAAGGAAAAAGAGAAGCCAAAAAUCUGCCUCCUCAAAAAUGCUUCACAUGGAAAUCAAGGCUGAAGAUUCACAUGAGAGUUCACACUGGGAAGAAGCGAAAUGCUGGAAGUCCUUCAAUCCAGAAGAUGAACUGAAAUACCACCAGAAAAUGCACUCGAAAAACCUUCAGGAGCCGAAGAAGAGGCCAUAACACUUUUAAUAGAGACAUGCAUCUGUUAUUAAUUUUUAACUCGUUAUUCACUGUUUUAACAUCUAGUUUCUCUUCUUAUU